GACUCUUUCUUGUUCCCACACUACCUCCCAGGCUUAUGGGGCUCCACCACCCUUGCUUGCUGCUAGGCCCACCCACACCACUCUCAGAUGCUAACAGUCUCAGCCUUUCCACCCUGGAAGAGGUAUCUUUGGGUCUUCUCAGAAACACCUAUUUCUCCUAAGCAAUCUUUCCCUGUCAUGUUAAUGAUGUCACACCCACACGGGUGCCCUAGCCUCUUCUCAUGUUCCCUCCACCUGAGCUCCAGCCGCUUGAGGAUUUGCCAGUUCUUCCUGUAACCAUUCCCAGGCCUCCCUCUCGGCUUCACCCUGCCAGUCCCCUCCAUUGAACUCAGUGAGGAUGAGCGAGGGGCGGUGCUCAGGGUAGGAGGGGCUUUCAAGGUUGAGGGCUAGCAGGCUAGAGCGUCUCCCAAGUGGAAACUGCAGGAACUAGUAGUGUAAGGCAAAAGAGACCUCACUCUUGGGUGGCACACCUGAAUUUCAGCGAUUCCCUGGGUGCGUCCCCUGCCCACUGUCAGGCUGCACGUGGGCACAGAAGGGCCCAAAGGAGGAGGGUGGCAACCGUGCUGUUUCCGUACCUGUGGGGAUAGACACUGAAUACAUUUCUGCAGUGCCGAUGACCAGUUUGCUGGGGAACGUACCCACUACCUAGAGCCACAAUGUGUAUUGUGGCUAGAAGAAAUUGAAGGGCACACGUGUUGGCAGCCUCCCUGUUGGCAGUUGGAGGCUGACAGGAAGGAUGCAGCAUUAGAUUUAGGCAUCUCAGUAGAAGCAUUAUUCACGGACCUCUUAAUUUUAAUAGGGAGAAAGGGUGCCCUGCAUGGUUCUGGGGUCUACAGGCCUGAAGAGCAUCCCUCUUUCAGAACUGGCACACAUAUUUGAACUAUUAGAGCCUCAUGCCAGUGGCUAGGAUUGGCCCAGGAUUCCUGCCCACCUGUGUUAUACAGAUUUCCGGGACAGGUGUUCCAAGGUGCUGACUUGAGACAAAAGAACCAGGAAGCAAGCUAGGCCUCUUUGAGCAGGGCCUUGCUCCCCCUUCCGUGGGAGAGAGCACACCCAACAGAACUGGCUCUGAGGACUUCAUGGUCAACUGAACGGGGUCAAGGUCCAAAGGGAAAGGGGGGUGUGGAGGAAUGGCUAAUCCGAGAACUCUUCCUGGUGGUACUGCAUUCUUAGCAGGGUUCAGCAGGCAGAGCAUCCUCAGGGGUCAUCAUCGCUGGUUGCACAAGUCCCGCCCCUCCUUCACCCACCUGUGGGAAAAGCCGGAGUGGGGGGGGGGGGGAGCUGGCUGCUGGUGUUUUGGUGUUGCUGCGUCCCUGCCCGGGUCUCUGCCAGUUUAGGGACUGCUAUGGAGUACUGAUCUCAGAGAGUGGGGCACCCUGGGGCCAGGCUCCCAGGAGGGCAAGUUAGGAAAACCUCCGGGAAGGCUUCCUUGCCACCUGCUGCAGCCUGCAGCCUGUGAAUGUCGGUCUGCAGAACUACGGCUGCGCCCACCGGCGACCUUGGCGCAGGCCGCAGCGGCAGCUCCGCCCACCCAACUCCGAGACUGGGCUUUUUUCCCUUGCCGGCCGCCUCCAGGCGCCUGGCGCGCCCCAGCUCGGUUUUUAAUUCUUCCCAUUUCACAGAGGAGAAGACUGUAGUGCAGGAUGGCUUGGUCGGCUAGUCCAAAAUCAUGCAGCUGGUUCGGGCCUAGCCCGGAUUUCCAGAGUGAUCCACAUGGCCCCUGCAGACUCGGCCUCGGAGGGUCCCAAGCUUGAGGACCCGCCCGCCCCCCACCUCUUUGGAAAGUGCCCGUCUGGCUUAGCCAUGGCGAAGCUGGAGACGUUACCUGUGCGCGCUGAUCCAGGGAGGGAUCCUCUCCUGGCCUUUGCCCCCCGGCCUUCUGAGCUUGGACCCCCAGAUCCCCGCCUGACCAUGGGCAGUGUGGGUAGUGGGGUGCCCCAUGCCCAGGAGUUCCCUAUGAAAAGCGUGGGCACUCGAACAGGGGGUGGGGGCAGCCAGGGCAGUUUCCCUGGUCCAAGAAGCAGUGGUAGCGGCGCCAGCAGGGAGAGACCUGGCCGCUACCCAUCAGAGGACAAGGUUCUCGCCAACUCUCUCUACCUCAAUGGCGAGCUGCGGAGCAGUGACCACACAGAUGUCUGUGGUAACGUGGUGGGCAGCAGUGGGGGCAGCAGCAGCAGUGGGGGCAGCGACAAGGCUCCACCACAAUACCGUGAACCCAAUCACCCACCCAAGCUCCUGACCACCUCUGGCAAGCUAGACCAGUGCUCAGAGCCACUAGUCCGGCCAUCAGCCUUCAAGCCUGUUGUACCCAAGAACUUUCAUUCCAUGCAGAACUUGUGUCCUCCACAGACCAAUGGGACCCCUGAGGGACGCCAGGGCCCUGCUGGCCUCAAAGGCGGACUGGACAAGUCUCGGACCAUGACACCGGCGGGUGGGAGUGGGGGUGGCCUCUCAGACUCGGGCCGGAACUCACUCACCAGCUUGCCUACCUAUAGUUCCAGCUACAGCCAGCAUCUGGCGCCCCUCAGUGCUUCCACCAGCCAUAUCAACCGCAUUGGCACGGCGGGCUACAGUAGUGGCAGCAGCGGUGGGGGGUCAGGCUACCAAGAUCUGGGGACCUCUGACAGUGGGCGGGCCUCCAGUAAGAGUGGGUCAUCAUCGUCCAUGGGACGGUCAGGCCACCUGGGGUCGGGGGAGGGUGGAAGUGGGGGCCUGCCAUUUGCAGCCUGUUCACCACCCUCGCCCAGCGCACUGAUCCAGGAACUGGAGGAGCGGCUGUGGGAGAAGGAGCAGGAGGUGGCGGCUCUGCGGCGCAGCCUGGAGCAGAGUGAGGCCGCGGUGGCCCAGGUGUUGGAGGAGCGGCAGAAGGCAUGGGAGCGGGAGCUAGCUGAGCUCCGGCAGGGCUGCAGUGGGAAGCUGCAGCAGGUGGCCCGCCGUGCCCAGCGCGCCCAGCAGGGCCUACAGCUGCAGGUGCUGCGGCUACAGCAGGACAAGAAGCAGCUGCAGGAGGAGGCAGUCCAGCUGAUGAGGCAACGGGAAGAGCUAGAGGACAAGGUGUGCCAGAAGGCCGGCGAGAUUUCCCUCCUGAAGCAGCAACUGAAGGACUCCCAGGCUGAUGUGUCGCAGAAGCUGAGUGAGAUCGUGGGACUGCGCUCACAACUUCGGGAGGGUAGGGCCUCACUCCGGGAGAAGGAGGAACAACUGCUCAGCCUGAGGGACUCCUUCGGCAGCAAACAGGCCAGCCUGGAGCUGAGUGAAGGCGAGCUGCCCCCUGCCUGCCUCAAGCCUGCACUGACCCCUGUGGACCUGGCCGAGCCACAGGAAGCCCUGGCCUCCUGUGAGAGCGAUGAGGCCAAGAUGCGCCGCCAGGCUGGGGUGGCGGCAGCAGCUUCCCUGAGCUCUGUGGAUGGGGAGGUGGAUGCUGCGGGAGACGGUGGGACACGGGCCCUGCGCAGGGAGGUGGGGAGACUGCAGGCUGAGCUGGCUGCUGAGCGGCGUGCCCGGGAGCGCCAGGGGGCCAGCUUUGCAGAGGAGCGCCGGGUGUGGUUGGAGGAGAAGGAGAAGGUCAUUGAGUACCAGAAGCAGCUCCAGCUGAGUUACGUGGAGAUGUACCAGCGCAACCAGCAGCUGGAGCGGCGACUUCGGGAGCGUGGGGCAGCGGGGGGUGCCAGCACGCCUACACCCCAGCAUGGUGAGGAGAAGAAAGCCUGGACCCCCUCCCGCCUCGAGCGCAUCGAGUCCACAGAAAUCUGAUUCUCUUAUCUGCGUGCACAACCUUCUGACAAGUGCCCUGUCUGAAGGUUGGAGUCACCAAUGUCCCCUUCCAUCCAUUUCCUUUCCCCAUGUGCGCUGCAUAUCCCCAGACCAAAGAGGUUCUCAAAGCAGCUGUGACCAGCCCCCUUAUCCUCAGUCCAUGCAGCUCUAGCACUGCCUUUGUGGGUAGCCACUCGAGACCCUCCUGCCAAGGAGAACGUGGGGGAGGGCAGAGUGCGUGGGGGUGUGGUCCCAGGUGCGGGGAGCUUGCUCCUCUUCUGGGAAGCCUCUUGUUGGAGAUGGAGGCAGCAGGCUUGCGUUGCCAGGAAGUACCCCAGACCCCUUCCCAGAUCUUGGGCCACCGCUGCUGGUCACCUUGUGUCCAAUGCUAUUGUCUGUGCUCUCCUCCUAGGCCACACAGCCUGAAGGAGCCUGCGUGGGUCUAUCAAUGCUGACAGACCCUAGGUUCCUGGUCUCUCUCCUUCAUGUAGUGUUUUCCUUCCCCAGGCAGAUUAGCAGAAGUGGGAGCAGAUGGCCUGCCUGUGGUUGAGAGGGCUACCUGCCCAACCCCUCCCCCAGCAAGGUAUCUUUGGCUCAGGCCUUAGAGCCUGGGCUAGUCCUGAGCAUGUGUCCCUCUGUGUAUAUUGAGGGAGGUGAGAGUUGGGGCUGGAAGCUCAGUACCCAGGGGAGAUCUGCCUUCCUUUUCUUGGAAAGGGUCACCUGGAGGCUUCUCAGCCCCACCCUCACCCUCUGGCCAGGAUCCUACAAGGCUAUGUAUCCCCUGCUGCUUUGUUGACCCCGCCAUACCCAGGGUCACUGGUCAGCUCUAAUUAUAGCUAUGAAGUGCGACCUGCCUCUUAGGUAUUCUGAUUGCCUCAAUCUGAGGUCAGCUGGAUGUCUGAUGUCUUCCUGUGUUUUCCCUCACUGUCUCCCCCAGCCUCCUGCUCUCAUGCUCACAUCAUCCUCCCAAGCUGCCUUUUCUUCCAAGUCUCACCUUUGCGCCCAGCAGAGAGCUCUGCUUGACUUUUGGUGCACUGCUCACUCCCCAAGUCUGAGCCCCGGGCCCUGGUUUUGAGGGGCCAGUCAGGGUUGGAUGUGACUACCCCUAAAGAACAAGGCUAACCUUUGAGGAUCGCUGACCUUUUGGCUGUUGGCCAGACUUUGAGUUGGCUCGUUUGUCCGGGCAGGGAUGACAGACAUGGCUUGGGACAGUUGGCGUCACUUCCUUAUCUAGGAUCUCUCAGAGUCUAUCCCCCCCCCCCCAAGACAGGCAGGGAAAUUCUAAUUUCUCUUUUAAGAAAGUAAAUUUCCAAUUCACCAGCAAUAACAAUCAGAGGAGACUUGGCCCUCAGUCCUUGUAUUUCUCUUUUUCACUCCCUCUUCCAGCCCCAAGAUGGAAUUUUGGGGACUGGGUGGAGAGGGUUGGUAACUACUGUGAGCAAGUUCCCCAACCCCUGACCAGCCUCCUCCAUGACUGGUGACUGUUUAGCGAGCUGUGCACCCCCCACAAAAAGCAGGAGUGCCCUCUUGUGCCCUCCAACCCUCGGCACAGCUCCUUCGGGGUGGUCCUCAAUGGGUUUUUGACCUUGAUUGGAGGCCACUCUGGCAAGCACUGCCCAUUCCUCUAAUCCCUCACCGUACCUGCACUAGGCCCUGGACCUGGUCCACAGGGACUGGGAGAAGGAAUGAACACAAAACAAAACAGAGAUGGGGGGGAGAGAAAAAAAUAUGAACAGCUUUGGAAUGUCCAACCACAAAAUAAAUUAUAUAUAAAUGUAUAAAUAUAUAAAUAUAUAUAUCUACCAUAUGUGAUGGAAAGACUUUUCAUUUUCCCAAAGAAAUAAAAUGGAGAAAGCCUCUUAAAUGGCA